AGGCUAAACUAAACAGACCCAAUUAACCUUUAUUAUUUGCAGCUACAUUGAUUCACAAAUCCAAGUCGUAGAAUGUACUACGAGGCAACUAUCUGCUGUUUCUGUUUUCUUUGUUAUUGGAUUUUAUGUUAGCCUUUUUGCUUGCGACUCCCUCUGACGUUGUUGCUCCAGAAGAAACCAACAGAACACCACUCCACAGAAAGUUCAUUCCAUUGGUGAUUGGGACUCCUCCUCCGCCUUCCCUUUGUUUCACAUCGAACGUUUUUUGGGUUUAAAAGCUGGCCUUCAUGGAGGACAGAAAUAACCAUGAUGAAUGUUGGGAAAGCAACAGUGUAGACAAUGGUGCUGAAUCCAUGGAAGAAGUAGAUGAACUAGACGUAAUUAUGCAUGAUAACAUGAAUGGGGGUUUUGAACCUUGCGAGCCAGCAUCAGGGAUGUCAUUUCCUUCCAAGGAAGCUGUUAAAUCAUUUUAUAGGCAGUAUGCUUCUAGAAUGGGAUUUGGUUCCAAAGUAAGAAACUCAAAAAAAGGACGUGAUGGAAAGUUACACUAUUUUAUAUUAACAUGUUCACGAGAGGGAACUCGUGUGCCAAACACUUUGAAGACAUUGCCCACAAUCAAGAAUAAUUGUGAAGCCAAAAUUACAGUUUCCUUCAAAGAUGGACUGUGGUACAUAAUGAAAGCAGUACUUGACCACUCCCAUGAACUUAGCCCUACAAAGGCAAUGAUGCUCCGAGUAAACAAAAACACUAGCAUGCAUGUGAACAGAACAAUAGAAAUCAAUCAUGAAGCAAAGGCAGUGAUGAACAAGACCAUCCAAUCUCUUGCUUGUGACGUGGGAGGGUACAGAAAUUUAUCAUUUGUUGAAGGAGAUGUGAAAAAUCAUGUUCUGAAGGAAAGACAUACAAUUGGUAAGGAAGGUGAUGGUAAGGCUCUAAGGAGCUAUUUUUUAAGGAUGCAGGAGCAAAAUUGUAAUUUCUUCUACGAUAUAGACUUGGAUGAUUUUUUUCGUGUGAAAAAUGUAUUUUGGGCUGAUGCAAGAAGUAGGGCAACAUACGAUUCAUUUGGGGAUGUGGUUACUUUUGACACAACAUAUCUAACAAAAAAGUAUGACAUGCCAUUUGUUUCAUUUGUUGGCGUUAAUCAUCAUGGACAACAUGUUUUAUUGGGAUGUGCUCUACUCUCUAGUGAAGACACAGAGUCAUUUGUGUGGCUGUUUGAAUCCUGGCUUCGUUGCAUGUCAGGCAAUCCUCCAAAAGGUAUAGUGACUGAGCAAAGCAAAGCAAUCCAAAAAGCAAUUCAGCUAGUCUUUCCAACAACCCAACAUAGGUGGUGCUUAUGGCAUGUAAUGAAAAAAAUCCCCGAGAAGUUGAAAACAAACACUGAAUACAAUAAGAAUAUAAAGAGUGCCAUGAGAAGUGUAGUUUAUGAUACCUUCACAGAAGCUGAAUUUGAAGAUCAAUGGAGUCAUUUCAUAAAAGGAUUCAACCUACAAGACAAUGAAUGGUUGAGUGAGUUGUACAACGAACGAAGUAGAUGGGUUCCAAUUUUCUUAAAGAAGGAUUUUUGGGCAGGAAUGUCUACCACUCAACAAGGUGAAAACGUACAUCCUUUCUUUGAUGGAUAUAUCAACUCAACAACAUCUUUGCAACAGUUUGUCCAACUGUAUGAUAUUGCUCUCUAUGGCAAGGUAGAAAAAGAAUUUGAAGCUGAUUUACGAUCAUUCAGCACUACUAUUCAUUGUGGGUCAAAUUCAAUGAUUGAAAAGCAAUUCCAAUCUGCUUAUACCCAUGCAAAAUUUAAUGAGGUGCAAGCUGAAUUUAGAGCAAAAAUUAAUUGUUCUGUAUCCCUUAGGGAUGUGGAAGGUAGCAUUUGUACUUAUGAUGUGUUGGAGGACAUAAUAGUUGAAGGACAACCAAAGGAAGCUAUUUUUGAGGUAGUAUUUCAUCGUGACAAUCAUGAUUUUAGCUGCAAAUGUUUAUUGUUUGAGUUUAGAGGUAUUAUGUGUAGACAUUCGCUCAUUGUAUUUGCACAAGAAAGGGUGAAACAAGUGCCGUCAAAGUAUAUCUUGCAAAGAUGGACCAAAAAUAUAAAACGGAGACAUUCAUGUACUAGGAGUAGUUAUGAUUUGAUACAAUUGAAGCCACAAAUGCAAAGGUAUGACAAUUUAUGCAAGGACUUUAAUGAGAUUGCAGAACUUGCUGCUGAGUUUGAGGGUGUUUCCCAUUUCCUCCAAAAUAGCUUGCAUGAUUUGAAAAGGAAGGUGCAAUCCAUGGCUCUAUCCACUCACCGGCCUUCUUCAUUCUUACAUAAAUAGGGAGAAGCAAAAGAAAGACCCAACAACCAGGUAAAGUCACUCUGCUGCCUUGGCUAUUCCUUUAAACUUGCUUCUAGGUGAAAAGGGAGAAGAGGGAUGGAAGGGAAAGUAAAGGGGAUUGAGGGAAAGAAUAAUAUUCAUCUUAGUUGUUUUCCUGAGUUCGAAUUUUUGCUUUUUGGUUGAUGUGGAUCACCACCUUAGACGGCAUAUGUAUAUUAUUGGUAUUCAAAUAUCAUGUGAAUAUAAUUUUAGAUGUCCAAAGACUUUCCCUCUUCUAAUCUUACUGCUAGUGUGCAACUGUAGAUUUUUGUAUAAUCUAGUCAAAUAAAAUGAUUUUCACUUUUGAACCA